AUGUCGCAUCAGACCGACCAAGAGGGUGGGGCCAGAUCUACCGCUACUAAAAAGGCCGCCGCGCAAACCAAUCAAACGAAACGUGCGGCGGGGAAAAAGGCUGAGGUGGGAAAGCAGAAGCCCGGAAAAAAGGCGGAGGACAAGGGGAAGCAACCAACGGCACGCAAGCGUGUUUCGGCCGUCAGGAGCGAUGCGGAUGUUGCCACUGCUGCCCUCGAGCCCGGUCCUUCUGACGACGGCACCAUCGGCGGGAACGAAGACCCAGGGCGUGGCGGCGUGAGUGUUGCCGUCCGGUCCGGGGACAGAGAGGGCUUUGCGACUCGAGGAAAGCACGGCGACUCUCCCCGCCAAGAUCAGGCCGCAACUUCGACGUCCGUGGCAGAGGCAAAGCAGCAGCAUCUGACGCUGCCCCCCCCGCCCGUGGUCGAAAUAUCUGCUGCAGUGAUAGAUAAGGAGAAGGAUGCUGCGCACGAUUGCACGGAGGGGCCGAAACACGACAUUGCCGACGUAGGUGGAUCUCCUCCCUCUGGGGGACGCGGGAGGCGUAGGCAGAGGAAGAGCGAUGGUGAGGAGGAGAAUGACACCCCCGUGGCUGAGGACAUGCCCAUACGCGCGAAGAGGAGGCAGACGACAGCCAGCGGUGACGACGCCGGUGGUGCUGAAGUUGGGACAAUGCGAGGCACCACGGCGCCAAGUGGCUUGGCGACAGAUCAUGCAAUGCGGCAUAAGGUGGGAUCCGGUCCGAGGAAACCAUCUAGCGGACGGAGGGGGAAGCAAUCUUCGGGGGGGAAUAGGCCGAAGCGCGGCAAAGAAGGCCCUGGUGAAGCGGAUGUUGAGGACGAGGGGGAUGGGGAGGAGGAGGCCGAGGAGGAUGCGGAGGAGGAGGACGAGGAUGCAGGGGAGGGAGAGAAGGACGAGGAUGAGCAGGAGGGCGACGAUGAUGAGGAGGAGGAGGAGGAGGAGGAGGAGGAGGAGGAGGAGGAGGAGGAGGAUGAGGAUGAGGACGAUGAGGAGGAGGAUGAGGGGGACGACGAGGAUGAGGAGCAGGAGGAGGAGGAGGAGGAUGAGGAGGAGGAGGAGGAGGAGGAGGAGGAGGAGGAGGAGGAGGAGGAGGAGGAGGAGGAGCAGGAGGAGGAGGAGGAGGAGGAGGAAGAGGAGGAGGAGGAUGAUGAGGAGGAGGAUGAGGAGGAGGAGGACGACGAGGAGGAAGAGGAGGUGGAGGAAGGGGCGGAUGAGGAGGAGGAGGAGGAGGAGCCGGCAGGGAAAGGACGGGGCGCGCGAGGGCGGACGGGGGAGUGGCACAGGGAAGACCCUAACAACACCGUGUUCCACCCGUCUUUUCCCGCCGCAGGGAAGGAGAAGGUUGACAAAUCGGCUAACCCGGCCCGGGGCAGGGCGGUCUCCCCCCUCGCCGGUCCAUCGCGUGUGCAUCAACCAAGCACCUUUGCCAAUCCCUUCCCUGAGCUUCCCUUUUCCCGCCAACGUGAUAGUGUGAGGGCACACGGUGCUGCUGCAGAAGACGUUGAUCCCCUUGGCCAGAGAGGGGUUUCUACACACCCUUUUCCGGAUGUCAUGGAUGCGCUGGCUGAAGGUGCAGAGCACGGGCAGUUUGUUACACGAGACGAGUUCCAGCAGCUACGGUCUGAGAUGUACGCCAUGUUUGCUCAGCUCGGCCUGCGUCGGGGAGCAACUGCCAGCUAUGCCGGGGGGGCCGCAGUGGUGCCGAUGGGUGGUACCCCGCCGCCGAUGAGUGCCGUGGACAAGGCACGUGUGCUUGUGCUGCAGGAGACCAACCCAUUCCCGGUAUGUGGCGGGUUGGGGUUGACACGGCGGACGCAAGAGGGUGUGACGUGGCGGGAUGUGUGGCUUGGUGCUGACGUGGCACCUUGGAAGGGCACACGGGAGCGGCGCUCAACGAGGCGCCGCGUGUCAGGUGGGUGGGGUGUGACGUGGCAUGGGGUGGGCGGGUGUGACGUGGCACGUGGGGCUGGCUGCUACCUGACGUGGCGGAUGCAGGAGGGUGUGCCGUGGCGGGAUGUGUGGCUUGGUGCUGACGUGGCGGCUUGGAAGGGUACACGGGAGCAGCGCGUGACGAUGCUACACGUGUGCGGUGGGUGGCUUGUGAAGCGGGCAAGAGAGGAUUGCCCUGGGCUUGGGGCAGACCAAGCGGGGCUGGGUGGAGGUGGAGGUGAGAGCGGGGUGGUGCGCAGCAGGAAGCGGCAGGCUCAGUCAGUGGCAGAGCAGUUCCAGCAGCAGGGGGUGAGCAGCCGCGUGCAGGACGAGGAGGGAGCCCUUGUGGAUGCUCUGCUGCUGGAGGAGCAUCAGCAGAUGCACGGAGGAGGAGGGAGGAGGCGAGUGCAAUCAGCCCUGUGGCCACGUAUGGAGUGGGAGAGCGCCCUUCCAGAUGAUGUGCUGCUGGGGGUCAGCAGCCUUGAUGCUGGCUUCACCGCACCGCAUGCACCAAUGCCAGUGCCGCUGCCCACAGCUGCGCUGGCUGGUUCCGUCCCUGGGCGGAUGGGCAGCAGCACUGGAGGGACGCUCGUUGUGAGUAGUUGCACCCAACCAGAGCUGGACACGUGCAGCGUGGCGCAUGAUAAUGUUGCUCUUUUUUUCGACACGCCCCUGGAUCCCCUGUUGCUGCCUGGACACGCCCCUACUGUCCCCCAGUUACCACAGUGGCAGCCCUGCCGUGUGCCCUGGGCGGGUGGGCCCCAGGGACGGGUGCUGCCAGGCACAGCUGGUGGUGGGGUAGCGCUGGCAGAGUGGGCGUUGGAGCAGCGAAACAGCAGGAAGGGAGGUGCUCAAGCGCACCGGGAAUUGGAUUCGAGCCAUUCUCAACGCUUUCAUUGCUUCCGCUUCACGUUGAAUGGGGAGGAGGACGCGGUGCUGCUGCGCCACGUGCUGCAGUGCGGCACGAAGCAGUGGGGCGAGCUGGGGAGGAACAGCAAGUCCGCAUCUGGGGUUCUCCCGUCUCAGGCGGCACUGCUCUGCUCUCCCAAGGCAUAUAUUUCUGCAAAGUCAGGCGCUACAGCAGUAGCAGGAGGAGGAGGAGGAGGAGGAGGAGGAGGAGGAGGAGGAGGAGGAGGAGGAGGAGGAGGAGGAGGAGGAGGAGGAGGAGGAGGAGGAGGAGCAAGAGCAGCAGCAGCAGCAGCAGCAGCAGCAGAAGCACUUUUGUGGGAUCUCACCGCCAGUCGCUAUCUGCUGCUCUUACGUUGCACGGCUGCUGUUGAAUCCCGUUGCCCCUUGGUCCGUCCGCCAUCUUUCCAGGCGCGAGCACAGCAGCACGGCGGAGCGAGUCACACGGCGCUGCGGGUGCUGGAGGGGCUGGAUGGAAGAAAGAGUUGGGAGCAGUUGAAAGAGAAGGGGGGGUGUGCAGGAGAGAAGGGCGAGCACAACUGGGAAGUAGCCCAAGCUGAGAGCAGCGGGGGAUAG